CACGAAGAUAUUGUUUAAGAGCAGCAAACCAUCUGUUAGGUCGCUAAGCUGCUUUAUAUUAAUUACAGAGCAGCAUACAUGACACAGAAUUUCUUAGGUGAACCAGAAACAGCAAAGGUUCAGGUCUUCCCUACCGGAAAAGUUUUUCUGUUUACCCUCAUGCAGUCAUGUUUAGAUGGGAUUGUAGAGAUGGUAAAUGCAACUAAACGGAUCAGAGCAAGAGAGAGAGAGAGAGGGUUGGUAGUACUAUAGGCGGCGACCUCCAAAUAAGUACCCAAUCCCUAUCCCCACCGCCACCACCUGGCCCUGAGGGGGAAAAAAGUUUUCUUGGUGCGGUGGGGGGGAAGCGGACCAACAGCCAGGCAGCGCUAUAUAUUUGUUGUAUAUUCUCUCUUUCACCAAGAGAGGAAGAGAGAGAGAGAGAGAGAGAGUGAGUCGGUUUGAGCAAACAGGAUCGCUACCAUUGGACUUUGUUACCUGAGGGGAGGGGGAGAGAGAGAGAGGGAAGAAGCGAACCUCCUUGUACUUCCAGCACUACCAUCCGCUUCCGCUUAGAAUGGCUGCCUCUUCUUCAUCUGGGGGGGAGCCGUCACCGCCGGCCCAAGCUAGGAGGAUAAUUCCUGGUCCAUGGACGCACGAGGAAACCAGCAACCUCAUCGACGCCUACCAGGGGAAGUGGUACUCCCUCAAGAGGGGGCAACUUAGGGCCUCCCAUUGGGAGGAGGUGGCGGAGGCGGUGCGUCUCCGCUGCGGCUUUCCGGAGCAAACCAAGACCUCCACCCAAUGCCGUCACAAGAUGGAGAAGCUCCGCAAGAGGUACAGGACGGACAAACAGAAGGGCUUCACCGACAAUUCUCCUUGGAUCUUCUUCAAGAAGAUGGACCUCAUGGAAAACGGACCCCCCAAGGUCUCGCUGCCGCCGCCCAAGGAAGACUCUGAUAACACCACGGAGAAUGGCACCGCUAACACCAGAAGCCUCCAUUUCUUAAUGUCUAAUGGCAAACUCAGGGUUCCGCUCGAUGGCCGUACUGCUUCUGCGGCUCGGGAGACGGCUGGCGAUCACUGCCCCGAUCCCGGAGAGACCGACUUCCUACCCAGGGUAUUUCGGAGCUGCUCCUCGUCGAAGUUGGGGUUUAAGCAAACGAACCCAAUCUCGGAACUGACGUCGGCGAUCAAGUCUCUGGGCGAUGGAUUCAUGAAGUUGGAGCAGAUGAAGAUGGAGAUGAUGAGAGAGGUGGAAAGGAUGAGGAUGGAGAUGGAGAUGAAGCGGACGGAGAUGAUAAUUGAGUCUCAGCAGCAGAUUGCAGACGUGUUCGCUGACGCGCUCUACGCGAAAAAGAAGCUCAAGAGGAUGUCUUCACCUGAUUCAUAAGGGAGAUUCUGGAUGUGCGUUUAGAAUCUUUUGGAAUUUGGUGUCUCCUGUCGCCAUUUGCUGGUUUGGUGAGAAGUUGACAUAGGUGCUCUCGCAGAGACUGAAAGUUGCCACCUUCUUGCUGAUUCCUUUCGAGGAAAUUGAACCCCUGGCACAGAAUUCUAUCGGGAUUUUGCUGGCGAAAACACGAUUAUUUUGGAGUGGAAGGAUAAGAUCGAUAUGGCAUUUGAAAUCGAUAUAAGGAGUGGUGUUUAUCGUUUGCCCUAUGGUGGACAUGAUGAAGGUGAAGGACGAGUUGAGAGCGGUUGAGGAACUUGAAAGUGCUCUGUUGCACAAAAGCGGUAAAAGAUGGCACACCAGUUUCUUUUUUUUCUUCUUCCUGUUUUCCCGUCAGCAGAGGCAAUUCUGAGGGAAAUUUGAUGCCACAAUGUGAAUUCAGCCAUGCAUAUCCAAUAAGAUCGAGUUGAAACAUCCAAUAAUUUGGUUUUCCAAGUUCCCGUAAUCUCUAUUUGAUCUGUGGAAACCAUCGUACCUUUUCUGUUUGAUAAAUUCCCAGCAGCAUGCUUUAUGUGAGCUAUCUUUAGUUUUUGCAAGGCUGAAUAUGCUGUUGCCAUCUGCCCUCUUAAUUCUAGUGGAUAAGUUCUUCGAACAUGAAAUCGUGUGCUUGAUCGCAACUAAAUGUUGACGUUCAAAUGAUAAAAUAUCUUGCACAUUGUUAACCUUUCUACCAAUUUGAUGCAUAAAUGGCCCAGGUUGAUAAUUCUUCCUCAUGAAGAAUCUAAUUUCAGUUUGCUUUUCCUGUAGUUUGUCC